UCUCUUUUUCCUCUUAACCGUUCACUAAUUCAACUCUGUGUUUCUCAUUUCUCGCCCCCUAAAUAGCUGCUUUAUCUAAUUAUAAUUUCAAACUCUAUAUAUUAUCCCCCUUAAUCUUCUUUUGUUUUUACAACUUAGAUAAUUAGUAUUUGCAAAUUAACAAAAAGACUAUAAAAAUUAUAGUGCUGCCAUGGCUGCCAAUCUCUCAGUAGUUCUACCUCGUGUCCUCAUCGUCUCUAGACGUACCGUUCGCAAAAACAAGUUCGUCGAUUUUGUUGGAGAAUAUCAUCUUGAUCUUAUAGUAAGUUAUGGAGCUGUACCCGUGAUUGUACCACGUGUUUCAGGGGUCCAUAUGUUAUUAGACAGUUUUGAACCAAUUCACGGUGUUCUUCUCUGUGAAGGAGAAGACAUAGACCCUUCUCUAUACAAUGAUGAACUCUCUGAUCUUUCCCCUGAAGAAUUGGAAGAAAUCAGGAGAUUACACGCUAGUGAUACUGCAAUUGACAAAGAAAAAGACACAAUUGAACUCAGAUUAGCUAAGCUUUGUCUAGAAAGGAACAUACCUUAUUUAGGUAUAUGCAGAGGUUCACAAGUACUAAAUGUUGCAUGUGGGGGCACCCUUUUACAAGAUAUUGGCAAAGAAAUAUCAAUAAACCUACCUGAAAAUCAGAGGGUAAGUCACAUGGAUUAUGAUAAUUACGAUGGUCAUAGGCAUGUGAUCAACGUCGUCGCGAAAACGCCGUUGCACCACUGGUUUGAGGAUUCUUUAGAAGAUGAAAAAAUGGAAAUUUCAGUCAAUAGUUAUCACCACCAAGGAGUUAAAAAAUUGGCUCAGAGGUUUGUUCCUAUGGCAUUUGCACCUGAUGGUUUAAUAGAAGGAUUUUAUGAUCCAGAUGCUUAUAAUCCUACAGAAGGUAAGUUUAUUAUGGGACUUCAAUUUCAUCCUGAACGAAUGAGGCAAUCCGAUACUGAUGAAUUUGAUUAUCCUGGAUGUACAUUUGCUUAUCAGGAGUUUGUGAAGGCUGUAGUUGCUUAUCAAAAGAAGUUAAUUAACAGCUCAAUCAGAAUACAAAAACCGUUGAAGCUUAAUCAAGAAAUGGAGAAAAAGAGGAAAAUUAUAGUCAGAAGUUUUUCCCUUGCUAGAGAUAUAUAUGAAAAAGGUCGAACAAUGCAGCCAUCUAAAACUGCAGACUUAGAUGCAGGAGCAGAAUUCCUUGAGUCUAAUACAGCAUUGAGUUUGGCACAAGAGGCAAGGUUAAUGCAAAUGGGAGCAACAGUAAGGAAUGCAUCAUCCUAUUUGGAGAAACUGAAGAUGAAUGAAGAAAAAGAGGCAUUGGCGAGGAAAGUAAUGGGGAAAAUGUCAAUGGAGCAACUAUCUGAUCUCAAGUCAUUUUACCAUAUGAUGGGACAGAUUUGUUCAGAAGUUUUGGAGAGAAAAUUCCAAGGAAUUGUUAAUGAAGUUACCUUUUGAGAUCUAUCUGCACGAGUUCUCGGUUUUAAGCUUUAUUUGUUGUCAAGUUUAUGUACUUGUAAAGUCACGUGAAUGAAAAUGUCAGCUUAGUAGUAAAGUUCU